AUGGGGCGAGUCAGUUUGACGAAAGCGACCACCGGUGCGAUUCGGGUGUACGUCAACUCUCGCGGCCUUGAUGCCAUCAUCGCACCACGACGUGCUGUCGUCGCGGCCGCGGCUACUAGCGUACCUCGUCUGCUUCCGGGAUUCCGCUCCGUCUCGUCGGCACGUGCAUUCUCCACCAGCCACCGACGUCUGAACACCCCGAAAUCGCCGUUUGCCGUGUUCGUCGAGACACUGAAAGCCGAAUUGCGAAAGAACCAAGAACUCCAAGAAAACAUGCGUCAGCUCUCCGGUGAUGUCGGAAAAAUGCAGGACUCGGAGACCAUGAAAAAGAUGCGCGAUGCGUAUGAACGUGCUCGCAUCAUCACGUCGAUCAAAGAGAAUCCCAAACUGCAGGCGGCUGCCGAGGCACUACGAAAAUCCGGCGGUCAAGUCGGAGACGCCGUAGGCGCAACGCUCAAGCAGAUGGAAGAGAGCGAGUUGAUCAAAGGGCUCGGUGCCAUCAGCUCCAGAUUGGCUAGAGGCUUGGAAGACAGCACGGCGCCAAUCAGGAAUACCGAAGCAUACAAACAGUUGAGCGAAACACUCACCGAGGCGUUCGACGACGGCGGAAGUGCACUGAGGAUUUACGUGGAUGCCGACAAAGAUGCGGCCGAAGUGAGGCGGAUCAAGAGGGAAGCUAGGUUGAGGAAGAUCGGCAGACCGGUGCCGAGCAUGGACGUAGAUUCUGUCGAGGCCGCCGAGCAGGUGUUGAAGAGCUAUGCGCAGAAGGAGGAGGACGAGCUGGCCGCCGCCGAGGCUGCAGCUGCUGCGGCGGAACAGCAGUCUCAGACGAAAGCAUCUCCAGAGGCAGACCAGGCCAAAGAAGAAUCUGCUCGGUCGGCAUCCGAACAAGCGGCUUCCACCGAAUCCGCCUCCGCAUCCGCAUCCACCGCCGACAGCAGUGCAUCGUCGUCCUCCACCAGCGGCAGUGCUGCACCCCGAAAGCCAGCGGGCUAUGCAGCGCGCACGCGCACCAUCACGGAAAACACGACGAGUCAAGCACUCGUGCUGCGUCCAGAACCCGCGUACAAACAAGCGUGGACCAACUUUAAAACGUCGAAUCCGGUGUUUCGCAAGCUAUCGGAACUCUCAGAGGCGUACAACGAGUCGGAAAAUCCUCUUGUGGAACGUGUGCGUUCGGUGACUGACUGGUUCGGUUCGUUGUUCGAAGAGAACGACUUUGCUCGCGUGACGCGCCAGAUGAAGAUGCUCGAUCCGUCCUUUACGAUGGAAUCGUUCCAACGCGAUCUUCGCGAAUAUGUCGUGCCGGAACUGAUCGAUGCGUAUCACGGUGCGGCGCGUCACCUACUGCGUCAGUGGUGUGGAGAAGCGACGUUCAACCUGCUCAUGGCCACCAUCGAUCCAUACCUGUCCAAAGGCUACAUCCCGCAUGGCCGCCUUCUCGAUCUCAAAAACGUUGAAAUUCUCCAGGCCAAAAUCCUCGAUAACAACGUCCCCGUCCUCGUCGUCAGUUUCACGUCGCAAGAACUCAUGUUUUUCAAAGACCCCAAAACGGCAGAGGUCAAAGCAGGAAACGACUCGCAACCCGACCUCUGCAGAUACGCAAUCGUCCUCACCAGAGUAGAAGACGAACUCGACAACCAAGUCACAGGCGGCUGGAAGGUCGUUGAACUCGCAAGAAGAGGCCAGACCGCCUACCUCUAG